AUGUCUCAAACUGAAAGUCUCACAAAUUUUCUUAAAAGCUUUAGUUUCAUUUUAUCUUCCUUUCUCAAACAAACUGGUGUUUCUUUCUUUUGUUUAUCUAUCUCAUACUAUUAUCAUUUCAUUUUUCACCUCUUUCUGUCUCUCUUUCUCUCUGUCGGUACCAUCAUCAUGAGACCACAAGGAAACCCUUUAGAUCUUAACAAUUUGCCUGAUGAAUACUCUAGAGAUCAUGGUAAACAACUCCUUGAAGACACCGAUCCACCCGGUUGUAGGAAAAAGAAAAACGGCGGGAAGGAUGGGAAAGAAGAUUGUGGGAAGGUGUAUGAGUGUAGAUUUUGUUCCCUCAAGUUCUGCAAAUCUCAGGCUCUUGGGGGGCACAUGAACCGUCACCGACAAGAAAGAGAAACAGAGACACUUAACCAUGCUCGUCAGUUAGUCUUCAGAAAUGAUCAUAACAUUGCACCACAACCUCCAUCUCACCUUGUAGGAUGUUGUCCACCACCAAUGGCAACAAGUGGUUAUAUUCCAGCAAAUACCAUGGGAGUUGAUCCAACAAUGGCGCCGAGAUUUCCGAGAUACUUUUCGGGUUCAUCGUCUUCAACUCACGUUCCACCGCCACCUCCACCGCCGCCACCAGCACAGCCAUUUCUAUACUCUUCGCCUUCACGGCCGGUAUCAUUUCCAACGCACAUGAUUCCUCAUCAUCCAAUGAACGAAUACCACGUCGGGCACGUGAUGAGCAGCAGCCACAGCCAUCACCAGCAGCAGUAUGGUGGACAUGGACAACACAACUUUGGUGGAGGCGAGUCGAAUUACACGUGCAUAGGUGCACCGGUUGGACAAGGUUUUGUUGGUGGUAAUGGUAAUGGUAACGGUAACGGCGGUGGUGGUGGUGGUGGGAAGGAUCAUCAUCAAGAGGAAGGAGGAGGAGCGAUAAACUGGGGAAGAAACUAUUCAGGAACACAGCAGCAUCGUUUGGAUAGUCAUUCAGCAGCGAUCAAUCGCUUUCAAGAUGGUUUCUAA